CUGAGCUUGGUUGUCUUCUUGCAGAUGUUUCAUGAACCCAAGUAGGAAACAACAUCAGUGCGCUGAUGAUCAUCCUUGAUCUAGCACUGAUGACGUUCCCUAGUUGGGUCAUGAAACGCCUGCAAGAAGACAACCAAGCUCAGGGAACACUUAAGGGCUCCUCAUUUGAAACGUGAGCUGCACAUAUUUUAUUUCUCUCUUUCCCCCUCCAAACAGGUCAUAAAGAUCUGGAGAAUUGAUGCCAGCCAUCUCGUCUUGGCUCCCCCACCAUGGCUGCUGCCCCUCAACUCAACUCGGACGCCCUCCGCGAAGUCUUGGAGUGCCCCAUAUGCAUGGAGUGCUUCACCGAAGACCACCUGCGACCCAAGCUGCUCCACUGCGGCCACACCAUCUGCAAACAGUGCUCGGAGAAACUCCUGGCCAGCAGCAUCAACGGCAUCCGUUGUCCCUUCUGUAGCAAAGUCACCCGGAUCGCCAGCCUGGCUCAGCUGACCGACAACCUGACCAUCUUGAAGAUCAUCGACACGGCGGGGCUGAGCGAGACCGUCGGCGUUCUCAUGUGCAAAGCGUGCGGGCGGAGGCUGCCCAAGCACUUCUGCCGGACCUGCAGCCUGGUGCUGUGCGAGCCUUGCAAAGAGUCGGAGCGCCUCCACCAGCAUCACCCCGUGGUGGCCAUCAAAGAAGCCGCUGACGAGAAGAGGAGGGACUUUGGGGCCAGGCUGGGACGCCUCCGCGAGCUGAUGGGGGACCUUCAGAAGAGGAAGGGGUCCCUGGAAGGGGUUUCGAAGGACCUCCAAGGCAGGUACAAAGCCGUCCUCCAAGAGUACAGCAAAGAAGAGCGCAAAGUCCAAGAAGAGUUGGCCAGGUCGCGGAAGUUCUUCACCGGCUCCCUCUCCGAGGUGGAGAAGGUGAACAGCCAGAUCAUGGAGGAGCAAGCUUACCUCCUCAACAUUGCCGAGGUCCAGAUUGUCUCGCGCUGCGAUUACUUCCUUGCCAAAAUCAAACAGGGAGACAUCGCCCUUCUUGAGGACGAAGGAGAAGAGGAGGAACCGGAGCUGAUGAGCAGCCUUCCCAAAGAGCUGACUCUACAAGAGGUGGAACUCCUCAAGGUUGGCCAUAUCGGACCUCUCCAGAUAGGGCAAGUUGUCAAGAAACCCCGGAGCAUCAACGUCGAGGAGACCUUGAUGGAGACAACGGUGGAAGCAUCGGGGUCCAGAGAAGCAGAUCUCCCUGCAGAAGAGGUCAACCCAUUGUCCCAUUGCUCCUCGCCAGCGAAGCCAAGGAUGUCCGAGGCAACCUCCAGCAUCCAACAGUGCCACUUUCUCAAGAAAAUGGGCUCAAAGGGUAACACACCAGGCACGUUCAACCUGCCGGUCAGCCUUCACGUCACCCCGCAAGGAGAGGUCCUCGUGGCGGACCGUGGCAACUUCCGUAUCCAAGUCUUUACCCGUAAGGGUUUUUUGAAGGAAAUUCGCCGGAGCCCCAGCGGGAUCGACAGUUUUGUUCUCAGCUUCCUCGGGGCUGACUUGCCCAACCUGACUCCCUUGUCGGUCACCAUGAACUGCCACGGGCUGAUCGGGGUGACCGACAGCUACGACAACUCGAUGAAAGUGUACACCAUGGACGGGCACUGCGUGGCGUGCCACCGAAGCCAGCUGAGCAAGCCGUGGGGCAUCACCGCCUUGCCCUCGGGGCAGUUUGUGGUGACCGAUGUUGAAGGAGGCAAGCUGUGGUGCUUCACGGUGGACCGGGGAGUCGGGGUGGUGAAGUACAGUUGUCUCUGCAGCGCCGUGCGUCCUAAGUUUGUCACUUGCGACACCGAAGGGACCAUCUACUUCACCCAGGGGCUGGGCCUGAAUCUGGAGAACCGCCAACAUGAACAUCACCUGGAAGGUGGGUUUUCCAUCGGCUCCGUCGGUCCGGACGGACAGCUGGGCCGACAAAUCAGUCACUUUUUUUCCGAGAAUGAAGAUUUCCGCUGUAUCGCCGGCAUGUGUGUGGACUCGCGGGGGGAUCUGAUUGUGGCCGACAGCAGCCGCAAAGAAAUCUUACAUUUCCCCAAAGGGGGCGGCUACAAUAUCCUCAUCCGGGAAGGUCUGACCUGCCCCGUUGGCAUAGCUGUCACCCCCAAAGGUCAGCUGUUGGUCCUGGACUGUUGGGAUCAUUGCAUUAAGAUUUAUAGUUACCACUUGAGAAGGUAUUCGACACCUUAAGAUGGGAAAAACACAUACAUACAUAUCUUUGUUCUCUACCCCUUCUCCCAUAUCAAUUCUUCCAAGGUCUGUUGACCGACAAUGGUGCCAACAGUUUGUGCCAUAAAUGUAGAAACUGGGGUGAUAGUUGCUCCGAUUUUUUUAGCGCGUGUAUUUUAGAUCAAAGACUGCACGUUACUGUUUGCAAGUGUAGAGUGGGUUUGUUUGUUCUUUUUAACACACACACACACACACACACAUAUAACGCAAGCCUGAAUUAAUGACGUCUCAGUAAGGGAAGCUGUCUGGCAACGCAAUAAUUGUCCAAACACAACGUUCGACUUACGUUCUUAGCUGCAGGCGAUCGGUAAAAUUGUUUGUAGUGAAAUCAUCCAGCGGUACGGGAAGGAAAAAACAGACCCUGUUCUGACAUAGAGAAUGAGCCAACUGCAAGAGAUGGAAUGUCAGGGGGAAUCUUCUUCACACCCCACUUAAGAAGAUGCUGGAUGGACUUGGAAGACUUAUUUCCCAUUCUUUCCAUCUCAUUUGUGUGUUUGUUUUAAUCCACUAAUCCUGGCCAGCUCCCCACUCUGGGCACCUUUUACGAAAAGGGACACAAUUGCACUCCUUUAUAAGCCAACCCCACACCAGAUCUCGGAAAUGUUUGGCGCAGCUGCGACUUCCCCCUAACCCUCCACCCUCGAGGAAAUGUCUAGCUGUUGUUUUUAAAUGUCUCCCCAAAAAACCACUAACGCUCCCGGUUUUUUUUUUUAUGUCCUCUCCACCCUUAGGCCUCUUGUCUGAUGUGAAAUAGGUCUUGUUUGGUUUGGAAAAAAAAAGAAAAGAAACUGGAAACUUUUAAAGAGUCU